AUGAGCGAAAAUACAGAACAACGAGUGUGCAUUAAAUUUUGCCAUAAACUGGGAAAAACGGCUACUGAAACCUACCAAAUGUUAUUGUUAGCUUAUGGAGAUGAAACCAUGUCCCGUGCUCGCGUUUUUGAAUGGUUUAAACGAUUUAAAGAGGGUAGAACAACUGUUGAAAGUGAUGAACGUGAAGGACGCCCAUCAACAAGCCGCAAUGAGGAAAUGAUACAAAAAAUACGAACAGCAAUACGAGGUAACCGUCGUUUGACAAUUAUGGAACUUAGUAAUGAGUUUCAAAUUUCAUUUGGAUCAGUUCAAACCAUAUUGACGACUGAUUUAGACAUGAGAAGAGUUGCAGCCAAAUUUGUACCAAAACUGCUCUCAGGUGAGCAAAAAGAAAAUCGAAAACAGAUCGCCACUGAUUUGCUAGAGUGUUCCGAAUCUGAUGAUUUUUUUUUAAAAUCAACUGGUGACGAGACUUGGGUAAAUGGCUACGAUCCAGAAACAAAGGUACAAUUUUCGCAGUGGAAGACACCUGAUUCACCACGACCCAAAAAAGCUCGUCAAGUUCGGAGUCAAGUGAAGGUCAUGUUGACCGUUUUUUUUGACUACCAAGGUGUUGUUCAUCAUGAGUAUGCUCCUAAAGGACAGACUAUAACAAAGGAGUACUACAUUGAUGUUCUUCGCCGUUUACGAGACGCUGUACGAAGAAAAAGACCCGAGUUUAAAGAGUUUGGUAGUUGGAAAUUGCAUCACGAUAAUGCACCAGCCCAUUCAGCCCAUGUUGUGCAGCAGUUUUUGGCUAAACAUGGUAUCCCAGUUGUUUCUCAACCCCCCUAUUCACCAGACCUAGCUCCAUGUGAUUUUUUUUUAUUCCCAAAAAUAAAAAUGGCGCUUAAGGGUAAACGUUUUCAAGAUGUAGAUGAAAUAAAACAAAAUGCGACGGAGCAGCUACGAAGAGUUUCUAAAAAUGACUUCCACAGGUGUUUUCAAAAAUGGCAGGAACGUUGGAGAACAUGUAUGGACUCAGAAGGAGCAUACUUUGAAGGAGAUUGA